GAUGAGGGUCGGACAUUUCUCGACAAAUACGGUACCUACCUACCUAGGGUAGUGGUACGCUUAACUAAGAACCUCUUAGCCGGGGAAAUAUUUCGACUCCUCUUCUUUUCCCCUUGGUUCUCUCGUAAUAUUUAACCUAGUCAUUAUCACCUCGAAAAAGCCGCAGUUCAUUGUCGUACAGACAUCACAACCAUCAACAAUUCAUCGAUAAGCUUGUGAAUCGCUUCAACCAUUUUCACCCCACCUAUUCGUUAUUAUACCAGCAACAAUUAUCUCUCAACUAGCUAUAAACUACAUUUACAAUGACACUUGGAAUCGCAUCCGUAGCGUACCCCACAGGCGGCAAGUUCGACGUGGACUACUACAUAAACAAGCACAUGCCCUUUGUCCAGGCCAAACUCUCCCCACACGGCCUCAAGGCAUGGAGGGUAGCCCAGUACACUGACCCUAACGCGCCGUACGUCAUUCAAGCAUGGCUAGAGUUUGAAAACGACAAGCAGUGGGAGGUGGCCGCUGCAAGCUCCGAGGCCAAAGAGGUCUUUGGUGACGUCCCCAACUUCACUGAUAUCAAGCCGGUUCUAUUGGUGGGAUCGAUUGUAGGAUCUCAAAGCUGGUGAAGUGGAAUGAGCGGAAUUAGCAUUGGUGGAGGAUUCUUGGUUCUUUGAUGUGGAAUCAGUGAAAGGAGUCCAGGUAAUCAUGAGGCCACCGUGCCGUCGAGGGGUGCUCAAGGUGUGUUGAUGGGGUGGACACGAUUCAUGCGCAAAAUAUAAUGUUUCUUACGCCUACAUGUGCUCAUAUCGAAUACUAACCUGUGAACGUUGGUUGAUAUUAGGACUACUUGGCGAUUUGUGACUUGUAAGCCACCGGGUAGCCACCGUACCAAAACCGGAGACCAGUUAAAAGGGUGUGAUAAUUCACUCUCAAUUAGAGAAACAUUCCGCGGGUGUAUAAUGAAGACAGAAAAAUGUGGCCUUGUGACUCCGAUAAGCUCUUCUCUCCCAUUCAAUCAUAGUACUUUUGAUUCACACCAGCAAUAAUCUCCUUCUCCCUCUGAUCAACCAACCCCGUACGAAACCUAUGAUCCUUAGCAAUUCGCGCCCUUGCCCACUCUAUUUCCCAGUUAGCAACACAUCACCC